CGGAACGUUUUAUUGUUAAGUUGCUGCUGCUCUGGUGCGGUUGCAAUAAUCGAAACUCGCGUGCGCUCGCACAAAAUCACUCCACAGCUUUUUACCCGUUCAAGUAAAUUUGCGCGCUACUCGCCCACUCGACGCAUUAACGGUGCUAUUACGUACAUCCAUUCAAAUAUCGAAAUGUGUGCAUGUGCAUACCCCCCAUACUGGUGCAAUUUGUCGUGUUGACAGCUCUUUUUGUCGGCGCAAGCAAUUGACACAAAACACAUUCCUUGCUCACACACGCUCGAGCUGGACGACGACGGCACUUUGGUCAUUCGGAAAGUCGGGACGUUCAAAAGCAUUUAAGCGCUCGCCGUAACAGAUUUCGUUAAAAUUGUGAACUACUAAGAAUUAAAUCAGAAUUAAGUGGCGUUUGUGUGGAAAUUCAAAAAAUUACUAGCAACAAAGUGUUUGCAGAAUAAUCGAAAAAAUACUCGUAUUUGCAAUAAAAUAAUCUGUUAUACUUUUUUUCAAAAGUGCUGAAGAAAAUUGAUCAAGCAUUGAAAAAUAAAAAAUACAUUAAUAAAAGUUAUCUCGGUUCACUGCCUCUUCGCGGAUUUUCGAUAAACAAUAAGUGUAGUUCUUGUGCCAGAUAGCAUUUGCAUUGAUUCGACGCCACAUUCGAUCACCAUGUCAUCAACACACGAGCACGAGGAUGAGGAGCGUGACGAUGGCGAGGAAGAGCAGGAGAUUCAUGUUGAUGUGGAUUCGGAUUCGCGCAUAUCCUGCGGCAGUGGCUCCGAAGUAGAUAUGGAAGGUGGCAGUUGUUAUGACGAAAUGGAAACUCCGCUCAGUGAAUCGGUGCAAUCGGAGCAAACGCGUUCAUCAUCCAGUGAGAAUUUACCCUUUAGCAUAUCUCGCCUGCUGUCGAAACCCUUCGAGAACAAUAACAAACAAAGUCCUGAAAGGGAAAUACACAGCGAACACGAUUUGGCUGCCUACAAGUUGGCCACAAGCAUAGCAACAUCGACGUAUGGUGGCGCCACCGCACUUUAUACCUAUCCGCAUUUAUAUCCGACCGCGGCUGCGGCAGCCGCUGCCGGUCAUGUUCUGCGUGUACCACCACAACGCACCCCUUUAACUUGGGCGCUACCACCUUUACACCAUGCCGCUUUGGCUCACCAAGCAGUCAAGGAUAGAUUGGCAGCUGCUUUUCCCAUUACCCGUCGCAUUGGUCAUCCAUAUCAAAAUCGCACACCACCAAAGCGGAAAAAGCCGCGAACCUCCUUCACACGCAUUCAAGUGGCCGAACUGGAGAAACGUUUUCAUAAGCAGAAAUAUUUGGCGUCCGCCGAACGAGCGGCAUUAGCGCGCGGCCUUAAGAUGACCGAUGCACAAGUGAAGACCUGGUUCCAGAAUCGUCGCACGAAGUGGAGACGUCAAACGGCUGAAGAACGUGAAGCCGAGCGGCAAGCGGCAAAUCGCCUAAUGUUGUCGCUGCAGGCAGAAGCAAUAAGCAAAGGAUUUGCUCCACCACCGGCAGCGCCGCUUUCCACACAAUCAGUUAACGGAGCACCAUUGGCGGCUCUUCAUGGACUUCAGCCUUGGGCUGAAACACAUGCGGCUGGCUGCUAAUCCUCUACACGGAGCGAGCAAGUUGGGGCGUUAAUGGUGCACCAAAUGUCAAAGUGCAGUAAAGUUCAUUUGUGAUAUGCUUUGUACAUAUAGGAAAAUCUACUACUUACUAUAAAUACAAAACAAAGAAAUUAAUCUCAAAAACAUAAUAUUAGGUACCUAUACUAUUUAGAUUGUAAGCAAAGAUAAAUUAAAAAAGAAAUAAAAUAAAAAAUGUCACAAUAUAAAAACAAAAAAAAACAGCCAAAAACUAAUUGUCACUGAAGAAUAAUGAAAUGGCGCAAAACCAAUCGAGCUGAUCAUUAAUUUACUUACAAAGGAAUGUAGUAACUUUUGUUGCGAAUAACAGUUUUUAAGAGGCUAAUAACCUCUCUUUGCUAGUUGCCUUAUUUGUGUCAUAGAGAGCCUUUCAAAUGUGAUGCCUAGAGGUCAGUAGUAUUGAAUAAUUCUUAGAUGGCACCUUUUGUUUAUGCCAUCUUUGACAUUUGUCAAGUAGGCAGAUGUAAAUUUUACGCAAUACAACAAAUCGUGAAAGUUAUAUUUUUCAUAAUGGUCGGUCUUUACAACAUAUCACAAAAUCAUCUUUAGUAAUGAAGCUCAUCUCACACUGCACGGAUUUGUCGAUAAUCAAAAUUUCCAUUUCGGACAGGAGAAAAUCCUCGAGUAAUUUCUGAAAAAUCAUUACAUCCACUAAAAUUUAAUGUUUGGUGUGGUUUUUGGGGUGGCCCGUUUUUCUUCGAAAAUGAUGAAAGGAAGAGGAAGCUGUUACUGUCGAUAGACAUCCCUAUGGAUAACUGAUGGAAAAUUUUUUGUGGCCUGCGCUUAAAGGAAUAGACUAUAUAUUAGGGCGGGUCGAUUUAAAAAUCGCUCAUUGCUCUGUGAAAACCGUAUUCUAGGGAUCAAAAUAAGAAACUUUGCCGAAGGAACCAUACCUCUAAAACGAAUUCUGAUGUCCCCCAAUUUGGGUCGAACUUUUGGGUAGGGGCAAAUUUUGAAAAAUCCCACUUUGACCCAUUUAGAGUGCUCCAAACGAGUCCAAAUGUAUGACCGACCCCCACUAACUUUGGACGGCCGAUCCACUCAUGCCAGUGGCACACCCCCUGGAACUCCCCAUAUAAUCAUUUCAAAAUAUCACCAUUUCUGGUCUUUACAUGAGAAAAGAAACUCAAAAGUUCGACCCAAAUUGGGGGACAUCAGAAUUCGUUUUAGAGGUAUGGUUCCUUCGGCAAAGUUUCUUAUUUUGAUCCCUAGAAUACGAUUUUCACAGAGCAAUGAGCGAUCUUUAAAUCGACCCACCCUAAUAUAUAUAUAUUUACAUAUAUAUAUACAGUCUAUGUCAGAAAAAAGGAACCGCGAUUAUUCAUGAAGUGUAAAAGAUAUAUAUUUAAAAUUUGUUUACAUGAAAAUAUACACAAAACUACGAAUCGCAAUUAUUCAAUAAGCCCUAGUCUAUAUCGUUGUCGAGUAUAGCCUGGCAUCUUCUUCAUGCUUUGAACCAGCUUUUCUGCGUAGCUCGUCGACAAACAUGACUAGAUUUAGCGAACUUGACGCACGAGUUGCUUUAAAUCAUGAACUGGCCUUCCGGUAAGAUGCGUUUUCAUAGUUCCCCACACAUUUUCAAUGGGGUUGGCGACUGGACACUGGGAAAGCCAGUCCAAUACUGUGACACCAUUUUCUUCUUUUGUUGUUUCCCAAUGUGUUUUUCUAAGAGCAGUGGUUUUGAUGAUGUGGAACGGUAGAAUGUUCGCUCACAUCUCUGUGUCGAUACUCACAUCUCUUCCCUUUUUAUCAAGAAUUGAGCGUGCUUGGCGUAGUCACAAAGAAGGGUCGCGCUUAAAAAGUUGGACGAUCACUUUACCCUGCUUUUUUUCGUCACUCGCUUCAAGCCGCGCUUGGAAAAGUCAUCAACAUUUUUGAACAUCCACAUCACAAAAAACUUUUUUGUUUUUUUAAUUACUUUUGCAGCCGCGGUGUAAGAUAAUUUCGGCCCUUUCGAAUGCGUGCAUAAAAAUACCGCCACAAAACGCUUCGCGUACUUCUCACCCAUUUUUGUUUGGCUGCGCUUACGGGAAAGUUUCUAUUAUGCAGCAAAAAGCAGAACGAAAUAUAUCUCGAAAAAAACCGGGUAUUUUCUUCUGACACACACUGUAUAAUUGGCGCGUACACCCAUUUUGGGUGUUUGGCCGAGCUUCUCCUCCUAUUUGUGGUGUGCGUUUUGAUGUUGUUCCACAAAUGGAGGGACCUACAGUUUCAAGCCGACUCCGAACGGCAGAUAUUUUUAUGAGGAGCUUUUCCAUGGCAGAAAUACACACGGAGGGGUGCCAUUGCCUGCCGAAGGGCGACCGAUAUUAGAAAAACUUUUUCUUAAUUUUGAUGUUCUACCGAGAUUCUAACCUACGUUCUCUCUGACUUUCGAAUGGUAGUCACGCACCAACCCAUUCGGCUACGGCGGCCGAUCAAUUACUUUCACGUAAUGGUGAAAUAAACUGGCUACGUAGAUCAUGCAAUCUAACUCGACUAGAAUACUUUUUGUGGGUACUUUUUGACAAAUAAAGUCUAGGUGAAUAAACCAACAACAAUUUCAGAGCUGAGAACUGAGAACUGAGAGAACACAACAUUCUUUUGAAACAUCCUUUACAAUCAUUUUUAAUUAUACUUACACUUUAUAUACGUUGUAUGUACGUUCUUACACAUAUAUGUUUCACUAGCUUCAGUAAACAUUUUGGGAUCAUUAAAUUAUUUUUUUCUUCACCCAUUUAAGGCAACCUUCAUUUCAGCCAUUUGUUGAGCAUAGAACAAUAAGGCAUUUUGUGGGUAUUGAAAUAUAGUUUAAGUUGUAGAUAUUUGCUUCUGCAUGACAUUUUGAUGGCAAAUGCUAAUUAAAUUAAACCCCAUUUCUAUUCUUCUGUGACAUAUUUGUAGUUAAAUGAAAAUGGCUUGGAUUCUAAUUCAAUUCAAAAUAAAUAAUAUUUAUAUGUAGUAAAAAGCAAUUCUUAUAAGCUAUGAAAAUAAUAUUGUAAUUAUAUAGUAGUGUACCAUUUACAUUCGUAUUUGAUUAAUUAAAACUAGGUUAAGUAGGACAGAUGUGACAUACCAACGGCUAUUGAAGGAAAAUCAGUAAAUUCUCUAAGAUUUGAACAAAAACAAGGCUCAUUUCUAACAAGAAAGAAACAAUGAAAGUUUCAGUUUUUCAAAUUGACUAAAUAAAAAAUAAAAAACUAACUGCCGUUCGGAGGUGGCACAAAACUGUAGGCCGCUCCAUUUGUGUGAAAACAUCAAGAUGCACACCACAAAUAGGAGAAGGAGCUCUGCCAAACACUCAAACAGGCUGUAAGAGUAAAUUCUAUACUAGUUUAGGGAAAAAUAAGGCCCCUAUUUUUAAUUUUUAUUUUGCGCAAAUGGUUUAAAAUUGUUUUACCGUCGAUCUUUAGCUGCUGGGCGAUGCUACGACUACUAAUAGUCAAUACCGGUCAACUUCGAUUUUUUCUGUGAUUUUAUGCACAUUUUCGACAACGGGUCUGACAGUGCGAGGUGUACUAUAUCUUUAACACCAAGAAUACCUGAAUGGAAUUGACGAAACCGUAAUUGCACGUAAUUAGUUGUUCUCGUAUCGGCGCCUUAAACACCGUUCACAAUUUCAACAGGCUGCAUUGCAUUUUCGCCUUUAUCAAAGAAAGAAUGUAAAACGAAUUUCCUCUUUCAUGACUUCCAUUGUUAACACCCUGUACCUUACAGGUCAAUGGCACAAAACAAAAACUGCAAACGAGUUUUUUUAGUGUGAAAAAGUCUUGACUACGAGCGUCAACGUUAAAUUGCUUGAUCGAUACUUUACGAGAUAUCGGCCACUACAGUGAUCUACCGAGAAAAUAAUGGAUUUUUCCUAAUAAACACAAAUAUUUUCAUGCAAUUUUUAACAAAUUUUUUAAUUUAUUUUUGAAUA